AUGACUUCUGCGGUGGAUUUCACCGCAACAAUUGAUGAUGAAUUAACGUCUAAUACUUUAAAACGACGUCGUUCAUCAAAUAUAAUUCAAAAUGAUUCAGACAUUGAACAAACGCCGUUAAAACGCGUUCGUACCUCAUCAUUAACUAAUAAUUCUACAUCUGAUAAUAAUAACAAUAAUAAUAAUAAUAAUAAUAUUCAAUCAAUGUUUAAUUGUCUUAAUGAUAUUGUACAAUCUCAUCGUACUCUAGUUCAUGAAUAUGUUAAUUUACAAAUGUGUGAUCGACCUGAUUUAUCAUUAGAUGAACAACGUUUUAUUCAAGCUGAAGAAGAUCUUAUUGAAAAAGUUGAAAAAAAUUUACAUGAUAUUAAUAAUACAUCAUUUACACCAUUCACAUCAUCAUCAGUAUCAGUAUCAUCAUCACGAUGUGGUAAACGUCAACGAUAUCAAUCAAUAAAUUCUUCAAAUCAAUCAUUUGAUCGUAUUAAACAUGAAACACAUAUAUUAAAACGUAUUGAUGAAUUAAAAUCUGAUGGAAAAUGGACAAAUCAACGUUUAGCAAAAUGUUUAGAACCUAAAAAACGUAAAACACAUUGGGAUUAUUUACUUGAUGAAAUGCGUUGGUUAGCAGAAGAUUUUAUACUUGAAAAACGUUGGAAACAAGAAAUGGCUAAAAAACUUUCUAUUGCUGUUUUAAAAUAUUUUCAUGAUAAAAAUCAAUUAAAAAAUCAACAACAACAUAAUGAAUAUAAACGUAUACGUAAACAAGCACAAUUUAUAUGUAAAGAAGUUAUGAAUUUUUGGAAAAAUAUAAAUAAAAUAGCUGAAUAUAAACAAACAACACGUUUAGAACAAUUACGUAAACAUCAAUUAGAUAUAAAUUUAAAUUUAAUUGUUAAUCAAACAGAAAAAUAUUCAAAUUGGCUUGUAAAAUCUUUACAAACAACAAUAAAUCAAAAUCAAAUAAAUAAUAAUGAUGAUAGUGACUAUUAUAUACAUGAUGAUAUAAAUAAUGAAGAUAAUGAAGAAACAAUUGAACAUGAAGAACAAUAUGAAAAAGAUGAAUAUGAUUUAAAUGAACUCAAAGAACUUCAAGCUGAUCAACAAGAAUCAAUUGAAAAUUUAUUAAAACAUCAUUAUGGUAUUGAUGUAUUAAAUUUAUCAAAUGAAAAAGAAAAUAAUUUAUCACAAGAAUUACAUCAACAACAAGAAGAUGACGAUGAUGAAGAUGAAAAUUUAAGUGAUAGUGAUAUAAAUGAAAUUUUCGAUGAAGAAUCAAUAUCAAAUGAAAUAGAUGAUAAUAAUUUAAUAGAAAAUAAUCAAAUAACAACAGAUAAACAAAUGAAUGAUUUAGCAACAACAGUUCAAGCACUUCAACCAACAGGAUUUACACUUAAUACUACAACAGUUAAAACACCGGUGCCUUUUCUACUUAAACAUCCAUUAAGAGAGUAUCAACAUGUUGGUCUUGAUUGGCUUGUUACAUUAUAUGAAAAAAAACUUAAUUGUAUAUUAGCUGAUGAAAUGGGUUUAGGUAAAACUAUCCAAACAAUUGCUUUACUUGCACAUUUAGCUUGUGAAAAAGGUGUUUGGGGUCCACAUUUAAUUGUUGUUCCUACAAGUGUUAUGCUUAAUUGGGAAUUAGAAUUUAAAAAAUGGUGUCCAGCUUUUAAAAUUUUAACAUAUUAUGGUUCAAUAAAAGAACGUCAAUUAAAACGUCAAGGUUGGACAAGAAUGAAUGCAUUUCAUAUAUGUAUAACAUCAUAUAAUCUUAUAUUACAAGAUGCAAAAUUAUUUCGUCGUAAAAAAUGGAAAUAUUUAAUAUUAGAUGAAGCACAUAAUAUAAAAAAUUUUAAAUCUCAACGUUGGCAAACAUUAUUAAAUUUUCAUUCUCAACGUCGUUUAUUAUUAACAGGUACACCAUUACAAAAUUCUCUUAUGGAAUUAUGGUCAUUAAUGCAUUUUUUAAUGCCAAAUUUAUUUUCAUCACAUGAAGAAUUUCGUCAAUGGUUUUCAAAUCCAUUAACAGAAAUAAUUGAACAAGGACAAAUACAAACAAAUGAUUUAUUAAUAAAACGUUUACAUAAGAUAUUACGUCCAUUUAUAUUACGUCGUUUAAAAAUUGAUGUUGAAAAACAAAUGCCUAAAAAAUUUGAACAUAUUAUUAUAUGUCAUUUAUCUAAAAGACAACGACAAUUAUAUGAAGAUUUUAUACAAUGUAAAACAACACAUGAUAUUAUUCAACAAGGUAAUUAUAUGUCUGUUAUUAAUAUACUUAUGCAAUUAAGAAAAGUUUGUAAUCAUCCUGAUUUAUUUGAACCACGACCAAUUAUUUCACCAUUUAUUUUUCAACAAUAUUUAAUCGAAUAUCAAAUACCGAAAUUAAUUUUUAAUAUUAAUUUAAAAAAUCCAUAUAUUUUAUAUAAUACACAACCAAAUGAUAUAUUUCUUUGUUAUCGAAUUCAAUUAAGUUUACAAGCAACUAAAUCUAUGAUUAUGAAUAUAAUUAAUUCUACAAAUAAUGAUGAUAAACGACAACAUAUUCAAUUAACAACAAGUAUUAUUGAACGAUAUAGAAAUAGUUCUAUAUGGUCACAAUCUAAUGAAAUAACGACAAGAAAUCUUCGAAAUCAUUCCGAAAUAAAACAAAAUCUAUUAAUAAAUUUAAAUGAUCAUGAAUUUCAAUCAGAAAAUAUUUAUCAUGAAAUUUGUAAACAACGUCAACAAGAACGUUUAUCUCGUUAUGAAUUAUUAUGUCAAAUCAAUGCAGAACGUUGUCAAUCUCGUCCGGUAUAUGGCUCUGAUCUUCUUUCACAAAUUGAAUUAGCUAUGCGUCCAUGUCAUCGGUUUAAUCGAACAACAUUUAGUGGAUAUGCAUUAUGUCAACAAGUAUAUGAAUCAUUAACUAAAACUCAAGAUUAUAUGUCAACAACGGAUACUCUACGACAAUUAAUAAAAACAAAUCGCGAAGUAUUAGAUGAAUAUCGAGAUAUACUUAAUAGAUUUAUGAUAUGUACGACACGUGUAUUAGCAUCACCUAUUGAAUUAUUUCAAUCAAAUGGAAUUCGUUUAACAAAUAAAAUCAAUAAAUCAAAACCAAUAAUUGAAGUUUUAUCAUCCAUUGAUUUUGAUAUUCUUUCACCAAUAAGACAAACGAUGUUUUUACAAUUUCCUGAACGACGUCUUAUACAAUAUGAUUGUGGUAAAUUACAAACACUUGAUUUACUUUUAUCAGAUUUAAAACAUAAUAAACAUCGUUGUUUAAUAUUUACACAAAUGACUAAAAUGCUUGAUAUACUUGAAGUAUUUUUAAAUUAUCAUGGGUAUACAUAUUUACGAUUAGAUGGUACAACACAAGUUUUUGAACGACAAAUAUUAAUGGAACGUUUUAAUAGUGAUGAAAAAAUAUUUGUUUUUCUACUAUCAACACGUGCUGGAGGAAUUGGUGUUAAUUUAACCGGUGCUGAUACUGUGAUAUUUUAUGAUUCAGAUUGGAAUCCUACAAUGGAUGCUCAAGCACAAGAUCGAUGUCAUCGAAUUGGACAAACAAAAGAUGUACACAUUUAUCGACUUAUUUGUAAGAGUACAAUUGAAGAAAAUAUUUUGAAAAAAGCAAAUCAAAAACGUAUGCUGGGUGAUUUAACAAUUGAUGGUGGUAGUUUUGAUGUUAAUUAUUUCAAAAAGUUGAGUAGAACUUAUCGAGUUGCUUUAAGAAAUGUUGUUUUUGUGAAUAAUAUUCGUGAAUUAUUUGAUCCAUCAACAACAAUAGAAGAUGUUAUACGUGAACGAAAUGAAUAUCAAGAACAAUUAGAUUUGAAUCGUUCAACAACUAUGACAGAUAAUAAUUUAACAACAACACAAAUUGAAGAAGCUCUUGCUUCAGUUGAAGAUGAAACAGAUCGUCAAGCAGCAAAUGAAUUGACUCAAGAAGUUAAAGCUGAAUUAAUUGAGUUUAAUGAAGAUGAAAUAAUUCAUCUAAAUGAAGAUCAAUUAAUUGAAAAACAAAAACAAAAUAUGAAUCAAAUUGAAGAAAAAUUAAAAACAUUUGAUGAACAACUUCGACCGAUCGAACGAUAUGCUUUACGUUGUAUUGAAACUCAUCGUGGUGAUCAUCAUCAAAUUUCUCAAACUAAUUCAAAUAUAUAUCUUAAUACAGAACAAAUUCGAAAAGAUUGGCAAUUAUCACGUUUAAAAGCUUUAAAAGAACAAGAAGAUAAACAAUUUGAACAAGAUGAUGAUGAAAUGAUGUAUACAUAUACACGAGACAAUGAACGAAAGGUCAAAUAUAACUAUACUUAUUCAUGUGCACGAUAUAGUUUGGUAGCGAAUGAAUUAGCACGUUAUGAGAAAAAUUCUACAGUUGUUCCUGCUGUUAAUCAUUCAUUUUUUUCUUCUCCUAUAACAUCAUUAUUAGUUCCUUUUUCUAUAUCUCCAUCUCCUCUUUUAUCUCCGCCUCCUCUAUCUCCUGCAAUUAUUAAACAUUCAUUCAAUCCUAUCAAGAAUUAUUCCAAAACAUCUAAUGAUAGUAUACAACGACGUCGUCACUUACAAAUUAUUCCAUCUCCACCUCAAUCACCGUUACUAUUCACUAAUAUACAAACAAAAUUAGUUGAUCAUAAAAUAAAACAACAAAUACCGUCUCGAAAAAAUGAAAAUCAACAUAAGAUUAAUAAUGGUGAUUGUAUCAAUUUCAUAGCAUGUCUUAAUAGCGAUGACGAUGAUGAUGAUGAAUUACAUAGUAAUUCUAAUAAUAGUACGUCAAAUUAUUCGAAUAUAAUCUACUCAUCAAAAUCUAAAACAAGUAUAUCAACAUUGAUACGUACAUCACCAAUUCUACCUCGAAAGAAAUCACUAUCAGUUACGAAUACAAAAUCUGGUGUUCAACGAAAAGUUCGAUUUGAUGAUUCAUCGCCAUCAUUAAAUUUCUUAAAUAAACAAUCAGCUAUAUCUGCAAUAAAUUCUAAUAAUCCGAAGUUUCAAUCCUCAGAACCAAUACUUACGACUAAGAAAUCAACAAGAAAUUUAUUAUCUAGGAUAGAUACUAUUGAUCAAUCAUCAAUUGAUAAAUCUUCAAAUUCUCGUUUAUCAUCAACAACCAGAGCCAGUUAUCGAAUUCGAUCACAAUUACAAUCACAAACAAUUCAACAAAAAAUACGAACCAGAAAAAAUCUAACAGAAAUAUGA